GUGUGUGCCGCAACGAGAGGUCAUUUGGAACGCGCGGGGAGAACAACACACACACACUCUUAUUGGUAUCCGAGUGCCUAUAUCCGAUCACGUUGUUUUACCUGGCUCUCUGCUGUCGAUGUUCAGAAGCUGCCAAAAUGACCAUCAAGAAAAGUAAAACCGUCGCCUUUGAAAGCCAUGCUGGGGAUUUAACUGCGUUGUGUUGCAUGAAUGAUUGGAUGAUUGCAGUGGUUCUCGCUAUUCUUGCCAUAAUGUCUGUAUGGGCUGCAAUGAUCAUAUACAGAUCUAUACAGACACUGAAAGGUCCGAGAAGAAAGGUCGAUGAUGACACUAUUCUGGAACCUGAAAAGGACGGAAAAGAGACUACAAACGAAGAAGCACCCCUCUCUUGUGUCGAGUCAACAGGUAAAUCAGCGUUUAUUCGUGUUCACCCUUCACUGAUCGGUUUUAAGAUUUGAAUGAAGACAAAUAUGCCUUAACCAUUCAUGUAGUAGGAUUAUUAUCUUGCUCGUUGUGUUGCUGUAGAUUAUAUGAAAGACCCUCCAUGAUGCUACACUCGGUAGCCUGCUACAGUCAUGCCUACUAACACACACGUGUGCUCAGGUCUCCUUGAACUGAGUGCGCAUGAGAUAGAAAAAUUAAAAAUAGUUAAAGGGGUAGUUGACCCUACUACAUUGGUUCUCCUUACCCUGUAAGGAGUCCAUGGACAAGAGAUGAAGGCAAUCCAUGCUUUGGUUUAGUGUUCCUUGGCACUGGUUUAACAUGCUAAUGUUUGAGACACAAAUCCCAUUCAAGUCGUGAUGGUUAUUACUAUUUUUUUUGCAUCAUGUACAAAUCCUCUGUAAGUGACAUGGUUGAGCUUCACAAUCAAUAUCAGAUACUUUUGGAUGAUUUGGACAUGUGGGGAAAAAUGCUAAUAUCGGUCCCAUGACUUGAAUGGGAUUUGUGCCACAUAGGAUUGUUGUGUGUGUAUAUAUAUAUAUAUAUAUAAAAUGGUAUUGUCAGAAUAAACUAAUCUACAAAUGCUACAACGUUAGCAUGUGGAAAUGGUGCCUGGGAAACUAAACCAAAGCAUGAAUUCAUGUCAUAGCUUGUCCAUAGACCAUUUACAGGGUAAGAAAACCAAUGUGUAAUCUGGGUGAAUUAUCCUUUUUUGGAUAAAAAAAAAGUCAACUCUCAUACCAAAAUUAUAAACUUUGCUGUGCGGAAGCCUGCCAGCAGCCUACCUACCAAAGGUUGCACCAUGUCCAUUUCUAAAUGUAUAAAAACGCAUCUCUAUCCCAACCCAUUUCAACAGUUAUUCAUAUUACCAGAGCGUCAUUUUAUUAUUUCCAACUAUUUCAUGGCAUAUUUGCGGCCGCCAACAUUUUAGAGAAAUGCAUAUGACAAAUCCAGAACCAGAACCAGCCACAGCCUAGCCAGCUGGCUAAUCUUUUGAAUAAGGUGUAAUAAAAAAACACCACAACAUAGCUAGCUAGCUUUUUUCACAACUGUCACUUGUUUGGUGCAAAAACAUUUGCAACAUAGUAAAAUAAAUCAGUGUAUUUUUUAAAAUAUAUAUACCAGUGGGUGGGCUUAUGCCCACCCAUGGCAGCACCCCUGCCCAGUCAUGUGAAGUCCAUAGAUUAGGGCCUAAUUAAAUUAUUUCAAUUGACUGAUUUUCCUUUAUAUGAACUGUAACUCAGUAAAAUUGCUGCAUUUAUAUUUUUGAUAUAUAUAUAUAUGGAAUUAUUUUACUAUGUCUUUGUUUGGCAAACGUUUUGGCACCAAACAACUGGCAUUGUGUUGUGACACAACAGCACAUUUUAGCGUGGCCUUUUAUUGUCCCCAGCACAAGGUGCACCUGUGUAAUGAUCAUGCUGUUUUAAUCAGCUUCUUGAUAUGCCGCACCUGUCAGGGGGAGGGAUUAUCUUGGCAAAGGAGAAAUGCUCACUAACAGGGAUGUAAACAAAUGUGUGCACAAUUUGAGAGAAAUAAGCUUUUUGUGCGUAUUGAAACAUUGCUGGGAUCUUUUAUUUCAGCUCAUGAAACAUGGGACCAACACUUUACGUGUUGAGUUCUAUAUUUUUGUUCAGUGUGUGUCUAUAUACACAUAUUUCAUGCUGAAACCCUCAUAUUAAACACCAAUGGUGUUCACUAAGUUGACGGUUCAUAUUUGGGAUAAUGUUUUCCAGCUUUGCGUCGUGUGUAAGAAUAGCCCUUAGCCGUGGUAUAUUGGCCAUAUACCCCACCUCGGGCCUUACUGCUUAAAUAUACCCUUCCUUUGGAACCCUAUGCACCGCUCAUGUUAGAUAUUUUAUGUAGCCGACACUUUUUUUUAUAUUUGGAAACUGACCAGGGCCCAUUUCCCAAAAGCGUCUUAAGGCGAAGUUCAUCGUUAGAACCUUUUGUAGGAGCAUCGUUAACUCUCCAAGCUUUUUCCCAAAACCAUCGUUACUGAAGUUGCACUUGAAAACGCUUGUUUACUGAAUGCCUCUGCUGUUCUAGUGGUCUGAGUGAGGAGUGCAUGUCUUGUCUUCCGCGUCACAUUACACACUCAGUUUAACAUAGAAUCAAGAGGUUUCCGUCUGACCGCAGAUAACUUCAGAACGAUGUUGUAUACAAAUAAAAAGGUGUUAAUGUCUUUGCAAUUUGUUUUAAACAAGCAAAGGAUAAGAAUAUGCUUCAAAUAAAACGGAUGACUGUAUGAAGAUGAAUGUAUAGAAAUCAUAUUAAAUCGAGAGGUAAAUCCAUUUGAAUUCACCCCUUUUUGAUUUGAACAAAACGUUCCAUACAUAUUUGCCCAUUGUAUAAGUGAACAUAGUGACUUAUUGGGUCCUGAAUGCCAAAAUGUCAGCGAGGAAAAAAAAGGUGUUCAAAGUUGCAUACCCAACUAUACAAUGAGACAUCCAUGUCUUUAUCACUGGAAAACGUCAUCUGUUUAGAUUUGAUCUCAUUUAAAAGCAGGGGUUGGAACCGGUUCAGGGAACAGAACCGGAAAAUAACAUUGUUCAUUUGAAGAAUCCGAACCACUAACAGAACCGUUAUUUUAAAAGCAUGAGAAGCAGUUAAUGUUUUACGUUCCGGCCUUUUAUUUUUUUAUUUUAUUUUUGUCCCACAAAAACGCAACCAAUCGCCUAUGCAAGCCCUCUAUCAAUCAAACGUAUUCCAGUGUCUGUCUGCCAGACUACCUGUCCGACCCCCUCUGAAGCAUGGUCCACUGCAGCCUACUGACGUUUCAGCUACCCACCCCCCCCUCCGACGCAUAGCUGGACCGUUACAAACUUAAUUCAGAAGAUGAUUUAUUUAUUUAGUUAUUUAUUGAUUGGAGAAUGGAAACUUUUUUUCAACGCGAAUUAGGGAUACUGUAGUUAAAACAUUGGAUUUAUUUUUUUACAUUGGGAUUUACGAACUAACAUAGGGUAAGACGUGUGUAAUUCUGGUGCCGCUCUGCAACACAAGCUUGUUAGCUAGCGAAGUAAUUUAAUGUCGAGCUAAAUGUCCAAAAAUAUGAUAAUGUAAGGCGCACACAAUUUUUUGGGGGGCUUUUUGUUGAUAAACAGUUACUGGAGAACUCGACCAGUAAAUACAGGGUGAUUGUAAUAAGGGCAUUAUUCAAGGAAGAUAUCGAAUCGUGCACACCCGUUCUCAUCUCGAGGAGAUUCUGAGAGAGCCCGAAACUGUGUGCUGACAUUUUAUUAAAUGAGGGUUGAAUCGUAGUAUUUCGAUCUCUGAUUGGUCCUGAUGAGUUGGGCGAGGUCCCCUCCAGGUUAGUAUCACUGUUGCAUUGGCUCUGAGUCGGGUUCUCUGUCUUCAGAUGUUCAGCCUAAGAGAAGGGGAUUUUUGUGUGUGUGUGUGUGUUUAACAGUGAUGAUGUGUGUGUGUGUUUAUCAGUGAUGAUGUGUGUGUGUGUGUGUGUGUGGUGUGUCCUCAGAGCAAGAACUCGUGAGUUGGAAGAACUGAGAGACUUAUGGCGUGGGUGUUGUCCUUAGCCACCUGCUGACAAGAUAGGACUCUUUUGUCCAUUGUAUUGAAUAAAGGCCCAACACAAAAUGGGUCAUGCACAAGAUUUUAGUCAGACCAAGCUAUAACAUUAUAUAUUUACUACGACAGGUUGAACUGGUUCAGAACUUUAUUUUGCUGGUCGGAACAGAAGGAAAAAUAAUGGUUGUCUUCAGAAAAACAAUAGAAAAAUCAUUUUAGUUCAAACUGUUUAAAAGCUUACGAACAGGGUUGUCAAACUAUAUAUAUAUAUAAUGUUUUAAUAAAAAUGGUCGGGUUUUUUUAAACGUCAAUUAUCUAAACGCAGAUGUAUUUAUUUGCAAACAUCGGUUGAGACACGAGUCUCUUGAAUACAGGGUGGGUGUAAUUUUUUGGGGGGCUGGUAAAUGUACUAAAAUGGGAAUAACAUUGAAGUAUCUACUUUCAACUGGUACCACAAAGAUGGUUGGCGGUCCACACAUCAGAGAAUGUUGACUUGAAUGAAAAUCUGUCUUUAUACUGUCAAUCCUCCAUAGGAAACUGAUUUUGAAAUAUACACUGAACAAAACAAUUAAUGCAACAUGUAAGGUGUUGGUCUGAACUGUCCAAAUGGCCAUAACCCCUGGAACAUAUCCCCGAUUAUCAAUGAUCCUGGUUAACAAGACCCCCUGCUCAUCGCUCUGGUCUUACCAGUCUUAAAACUCCCUAUGAGCAACAGCAUUUGUCUUAAGUUGAUUUUCAUGUUUUUCGACAGGACCUUAAAGACAAGACAAUAUAGAAAUGACUAAUUAUGUACACUGAACAAACACAUAAAUGCAACAUGUAAAGUGGUGGUCCCAAUUAUUUUAUUUUUUUUAUGAGCUGAAAUAAAAUAUCCCAGAAGUUUUCCGUAUGCAGAAAGAUAAGAUUUUAUGCACAAAUUCAUUUACGACCCUGUUAGUGAGCAAAUUCGUUCUACACUGUCUUAUCACAGCCCUGACUGACUGUGGUUUACCAACUCCCUUACCAAAAUGGCUGACCUUUUUUUAAUACUGUCCUGAAGGUUCAUGUCAUUAUAGUAUUUUAAUUCUAUGGGUGUUUAUAAUCAGAAUGUGAGGAUGUAACCUAUCACUCAUUUUGCACCUGCUUCUAUUUUAGAGGAGACUGCGGUGGUUCCAGAGGCACUGGAAAACUGGGAUGGAGAGGGAUGGAGGAGAGCGCCCAUGAUACGGAUCCCAACAAUCAAUGAGGAUGUAGAACCCAUUGAGAGGAUCCCAACAACAACCAAUGAGAAUGUAGAACCAAUUGAGACGAUCCCAACAACCAAUGAGGAUGUAGAACCCAUUGAGAGGAUCCCAUCAAUAACCAAUGAGGAUCUAGAAACCAUUAAACGGAGAACAACCGAGGGGAGCGAUGGUCCUUAUGCUGAGAGGCAGAUUGAGUUUCACCUCUGCUCUCCACCUGAAGAGCACUGUGGAGGCUUAUGUCAGGACGACUCCCAGUCCCAGACGGACCACACCCAGGAUAAGGAGGAGCAGACCACUACCAGUCACCGUUCCCUCGGUGACCUAAACAGUCAAUCUGGACAGAUGAAGGAUACAGAAGUGUAUAAUAACCCGGAAGAGGAGGGUUUGAAGGAAGUUGAACUGAGGGAUGAUUGUCAACGUGAGGGCACAGAGGCGCCUGAGGCUAGCCGUCUGCAUGCCUCUGCCAACGAGUCUCCGGAAGAUCCAGAAGAUGGAAAUGAAACUCUCCCUGACACCAUGUUGACUGACUCUGACCUUCGAGAACCUGACCAUGUGUGUUCUACAGAGAUGCAGGAAGUAAAAUACCCAGAUGAUGACAUGACCAGCCAUGUUGCCACGGAGAUGAUAUUGAGUGACACUGACCCUCCAGAACCCCUGCCUGGACAUCUGUGUGGUACGGAUAUAGGUGAAGUUGUAUGUUCAGAAGAUUAUGUGAACAGCUUAGUUACCAUCAUGCCUCUAGAAGAGUGGCCUGACAUGAUCUUGACUGACAAUGAUGUUAACAAACGUCUGGCUGACUUUGUGCAUGAGGAGGCAGUAGAAUGUUCGGAUGAUCGAGACAGCCAUGUUGCUUUUGCCAACACCCAGGAAAGUCCAGAAAAUUUGACAUUGAGUGACGCAGACCUUCAAGAAUAUGACCAACUGUCUGUUACAGAGAUCCAGGAAGUAAAAUGCCCAGGUGCUGACAUGAUGACCAGCCAUGUGGAGGUGAUCUAUGAGAAGACUAGAACCAUGGAAGGUGACAUGCAAGCUGACAUGGAAGCUAUGGUUGAGGAUCUCUGCAGUCACUUCCCACAAGUGGACGAUGAUCAUUCUGCAGGUUUUGAAUAUUGUGAUGUGGCGAAAAGAGAAGGUCUUGAUGUCCAUGGAAACGAUCAACAACGGGCUCAAAGCUGGAAUACAACAGGGAUUGACCCUACAGAGAGGAUGACGAGAAACCCUCAGGAACUGUUUGACAAACAACAUCUGAACAAACAGCCAGACAGUCUCCGCAGUGAUCCCAACAGAGACUGUGUUCUUCAUGACAACGUGAUGGAAGGGUUAAGCAGGGAGCCCAUGGAGGCUCGAGACACCCAUGUGGUUUCUGAGCGGAAGGGAGAGGGGGUUAGUACGAGCAUAGACACACAGGUGGAGAAGAGUUGUCAGAAAGUUGAAAUAAACAUCAUGGAAGCCACGAUGGACUACAAUGAAUGGAUGACUGUAAGUGGCACGGACGCUGAGUUUAACACUGACACUCCCUGGGUGAAGAUAAUCUACUCGUCCGUCGAAUGCUCUACUGUUGCAGAGCAUCAUCCCACAGAAACUCGGCGUGAUUCACAUUAUUCAACAAUGGCUGACGCACCCGCAUCAAAGGUCAAAGAAACUGGAACCACACCUGUAUCACUAGAUGGAGACCUGCAGGGGAAUAAGAAGAUGACAGCUGUGCCUCCUAUCAUACCCCAUGCAGUACAGGUGAGGUUCUGCAUCCACUACCACACCCAGUCUCCCUGGCAGGAACUGGCUGUGACUGGAAACCAGCCGGAGCUGGGGAGCUGGACGGCCUUCGUUCCACUGGAGAGGGGCCAGGACGGGUUCUGGGCCAGCUGGGUCGCCCUCCCUGCGGAGAGACUGGUGGAGUGGAAGUUCGUGCUGGUGGAGAAUGGAGAAAUCCAUCGCUGGGAGGAGAGCGGGAACAGACACCUGGAAACAGGUCAUGGUGGUGGAGAGGUGACGCUCAACAGGUGGUGGGGCUACCUCUGAGUGAGCGACCGGUGGGGAGGGUAGUGAACGGCACUAGCGGUCGUUCUCUUCACCAGCGUACUACUAAGAAUGCAUGCCUAAUAUAUUCUAAGUGGUGUGGCUGUUGAAACCGGAUCAGUGUGGCUCUCACAUAGGGAGAGGACUGACUGGCGCAAGGCGUUGUUUAUAGAGAACUUGGUUGCAUCCCAAUUCUCUCCCCUUCACCCUGUAGUGUGCCCUAAUUCUCUCCCCUUCACCCUGUAGUGUGCCCUAAUUCUCUCCCCUUCACCCUG